ACUUACUCAUACUCCGACCAUACAAAGUUUACCGACUAAUAUGCGUCCCGACAUCUACUGUUGACGGCAUCCCGACUCCUAGCAGCGACGGUAACCUUGCAUACAUGCUGAGAAAUUCUCGUCAGCUACCUAGAGACACAGCGUCGGUAACAUAUACUACCAGAACGGUCGAGCCACUUGGGUCCAUAGGUUUAAGAUCGGUAUAUCAUCAGCCUCGACUCGCUUUACAUCGGGAACACAAUCUUGGCACGGAUUUCCGUCUUAUCAUACCGUUGCAACAGCCCCAUUACUUUGUGUUUCCAAUCCGCCGUUGCGUCUUCUCUUGACUAUCAUCUACUCAAGACAUAGUCCCAACUAACCGAAUCCCUCCUUAACCUACCUACCUCACUGGUUGUAUUGAUUUAUCACGCCUUCGACUCCCCCGAGACCAGGCACCACCACGUCACGCGAAACUUUAUCUUGUCUCUGCGCUUCGUUUAAAGUGGCAGGCUUCAGCUCUUCAUUGCCCUCAUUAAUACGCUCAAAUGGUUCAAUAACAUCAGUUUCAUACUCGCCGGCUUAUCACUGUUUUCCGGCGCUACGGGCAGCAGUAGACGAUUCGGGAGUUACUUGACAAUAGUGUUGUUGCUGCCGGUGAAACCCCCGGCACGUCGUUUUCACCUCAUUCACGAUGCCAACUCUGGACUUGUCCAACUUCAACAUCGUGGUCAGCGUUCUAGGGGGGUGGAUCUCCCUGUUUGGCUUGGUAUCCUAUCUGCUGAAAGAAAACUUCUACCUCUCAGAAGCUCUCAUUUCUCUCUUAGCUGGCAUUACUUUUGGGCCUCUAGCACUCAACUGGGUGCGGCCCAUCGAGUAUGCCAGAUCUGAAGAGAACUUGGAGAAUGUGACUCUGUUCUUCACCCGGUUGGUUCUUGGCGUCCAGCUUGUUCUCGCCGGUGUGCAGUUGCCGAGCCGUUACCUGAAGAAAGAAUGGAAACCACUCGCCCUGCUUCUUGGGCCCAUAAUGACCGCUAUGUGGUUGGCAACAUCCCUCCUAAUCUGGGGACUGGUCCCGCAUCUCCCUUUCCUCCAUGCGUUGGCGAUAGGAGCUUGUGUGACGCCCACUGAUCCUGUUCUUUCGAAUGUCAUUGUCAAAGGUAAGUUCGCAGACCACAACAUCCCCAAAGACUUGCAAAAAAUCAUCAUUGCGGAAUCUGGGGCCAAUGACGGCUUGGGGUACCCCUUUCUGUUCCUCGCUCUCUACCUCAUCAAAUAUAUCGGCGAUGGCGGGGUCUCCGAGUCCGGUGGUGCAGGCCUCGCAAUUGGUCUUUGGUUUGGAGAGACGUGGGGUUACACUAUCAUUCUCAGUACUUUCUACGGUGCCGUGGUGGGUUGGCUCGCUAAGCGUUUACUUCGUUAUUGCAAGGAUCGCGGGUUCGUUGACCGAGAGAGUUUUCUGGUAUUCGCCUUGUCUUUGGCUCUAUUCAUAACUGGUACCUGUGGUCUUAUCGGAAGUGAUGACAUUCUGGCCUGUUUCAUUGCUGGAAAUGUCUUCACAUGGGAUGACUGGUUUCGAUUGGCAACGAUUGAUGACUCUCUUCAACCAACUAUCGAUAUGCUUCUUAAUGUGGUCAUUUUUAUGUGGUAUGGAGCUGUAUGUCCCUGGCGCAGCUUUGUAGACAACAGCGUCAUACCCAUUUAUCGCCUGAUACCAUUAGGCAUCUUGGUCCUGAUACUUAGACGACCACCAUUCAUUCUGACUCUGCAUAAGCAGAUACCGCAAAUCGAGGAUAUUAGACAAGCUACUUUCAUGGGUUUCUUUGGCCCUAUUGGCUGCUCCGCCAUCUUCUACCUUUAUGUCACUGUUGAUUUCAUUGAAACCUUGAAUCCUGGGGUUGGAGAUGAACCGAGACAUGAUGUGGCAAAGAUGGCAGAGGCGGUCAGAGUAAUCGUCUGGUUUAUGGUCGUCGUUAGUGUUGUUGUUCACGGUUUGAGCAUUCCCUUGGGGAAAGUUGGCGUCUACCUACCCCGAAGUAUCUCGAGAAGUCGGAGUAUGUCCGUGAGCGCUGAGCGGCCAUCUCUGCAGGCAGGUAAUUUCAUCAUUGACUUACGAUUACCAAGAGGCCGGUCUAGGAGCCGCAAGGGUGGUAAAACGUUAGAGUCACGAGUCCCUUCUAUAGGACAUGCGUACAGAAUUGGUGGUUCUGUAAUUGUCCCACCAGAGCCGGUCCAAUACUCAUUGUCGUCCGAACACCACGCUCAACCUGAAGAUGGAAACGGCGUGGCUCCACGACUUACUAGAACGAGUUCUCAGCCGAGCCUGCACAUAUAUGGCCCUCCGGGUCGAACAGUCCGAUUCCCAGAUGAAGCGUCUCCUAACAAGAAUCAGCAACAAAUUGGGGUAGAGGAGCAAGGUUCUGAACGCAGUAACGUCUGAUAGGAACCGAUCACUGGACAAGGGAAAAAUCGUCGACUGUAACGGUGAGGUUGGCAGAACGUCGAUUGUCAGGUUUGAAAAAUUGGUUAGUAGUAGUCAUAUCAAAGUAUGGACUACCUCCUACAUUAGUAUUCAACAUGAUUGCAAUAUUUUUAUGGCUUCGCUAGUACCAGCUCCUGCGGCUUAGACUGCCUAUCAGAGCACCGUUGUCCUACAAAUAUAGACAUCUACAUCUAUUCGCUAUUAAGUCUACACGGUACCAGACUUUGUUGCUAGCAUUGCGACCUUGUUAGUACUUUGAAGAAUCGAGGCUAUCAACAUUGACACCUGCUAAAUAUCACCAUCUCACGCUACCACCUCGACUAUCUGUGUGUGGUAGGUACCACUUUCCGAUAGCGGGACACGACUCAUUAGCGUUUGAUUCCAGCGUGGCUCAGGGCCCAGGUGCGUCUAGUGUAUACCUAAUUACUAGGUACCUAUGUAGAUACUGUAUGUGCAUCUGAUGCAGAGGUUGGCAGCUAUAUUACCUCUUAAUUAGAAGGAGAACGCCGGCUUCGUGAACUCUAUUGUACAGAUA